AUGCCUCAGACGUUUUUUGUUUUUUGUUUUUUGUUUUUUGUUUUUUUGCAGCUCUUUCCUGGCACAGGGGAGAUUGCUGUGUGCGAGACAUGCAGGCUCGGCCGGGGAAAAUGCAGGAGAGCAUGCAUAGAGAGUGAGAAGAUUGUGGGCUGGUGCAAGCUGAACUUCUUCUGCUGUCGAGAGAGGAUCUGAACCCAACGACCAAUGGCCUUUGGACCUUGCAAGCCGUGCUGAAUGGAUGGUCAAGGAGAGAACAUCUGUGACUUC